AUGAUGGAAUACUCCGGUUCAAUCUUCCUAAUUUCCAUUAGUUUUCUACACAUUGAAGCCUUACGUGGCAAUGGAACAACAUCAUUUAAUGAUACAACAACAAGUCCUCCAGAAGAAGAUGGUCCGCAGCAGCAUUUAUUGACUUCAAUGCUGAUCCUGAUUCUGGUGUUUAUAAUUUUAAUCCUUCUAGCUGGCUAUUUCUUUAGGUUCAGGAAACACAGAAAAGCAGUGGUGAAUUCUGGUGAUAAAAAAAUGCCGAAUGGAAUUUUGGAAGAGCAAGAGCAACAAACAGUCAUGCUUCUGAGGAGGUCUCCAUCUGGCCCAAAGAAAUACUUUCCUAUUCCAGUGGAGCAUCUAGAAGGGGAGAUACGGAAAAGAGCUGCUGAUGAUGGAAAAUUGUUUCGGGAAGAGUUUAAUUCGUUACCACCAGGGUAUAUGCAAGGAACACUUGAGAUGGCAAAUAAAGAGGAAAACAGAGAAAAGAACAGAUAUCCCAAUAUACUACCAUAUGACCAUUCCAGAGUAAUUUUAACACAGAUUGAUGGAGUUCCAUGUUCAGACUACAUUAACGCUUCAUACAUAGAUGGCUACAAGGAAAAGAAUAAAUUUAUAGCAGCUCAAGGUCCUAAACAAGACACAGUAAAUGAUUUCUGGAGGAUGAUAUGGGAACAGAAGUCUGCUACUAUUGUUAUGUUAACAAAUGUUAAGGAGCGAAAAGAGGACAAAUGUUUCCAGUACUGGCCUGAUCAAGGAUGCUGGACGUAUGGAAAUAUUCGUGUUUCUGUAGAGGACUGUAUCGUUCUAGUGGAUUAUACCAUUCGCAAGUUCUGCAUUCAGUCACAGAUUUCUGAUGGCUGCAAAGCUCCACGGCUAGUAACUCAGCUUCAUUUCACCAGCUGGCCUGAUUUUGGAGUGCCUUUCACACCCAUUGGAAUGCUCAAGUUCCUAAAGAAAGUUAAGUCAUUGAAUCCUACACAUGCUGGACCAAUUGUGGUUCACUGCAGUGCCGGUGUGGGACGGACAGGCACCUUCAUAGUAAUAGACGCAAUGAUUGACAUGAUGCACACUGAACAAAAGGUUGAUGUUUUCGAUUUUGUGGCAAGAAUUCGUAAUCAACGCCCACAAAUGGUUCAGACUGAUAUGCAGUAUUCCUUCAUAUAUCAAGCCUUACUUGAGUACUACCUCUACGGUGACACAGAACUAGAUGUGUCCUCUUUAGAAAAGCACUUGCAGCCAUCACAAAAUGCAACACCAAAUCUCGUCAAACUAGGGCUAGAAGAAGAAUUUAAAAAAUUAACAAAUGUUCGAAUAAUGAAAGAAAACAUGAGAACUGGUAACCUACCAGCGAAUAUGAAGAAAGCCAGAGUAAUCCAAAUAAUCCCAUAUGACUUUAACAGAGUGAUUCUUUCAAUGAAAAGAGGUCAAGAGUACACAGAUUAUAUCAAUGCUUCCUUCAUAGAUGGCUACCGCCAAAAGGAUUAUUUUAUUGCAACUCAAGGACCACUUCCUCAUACUGUAGAAGAUUUUUGGAGAAUGGUGUGGGAAUGGAAAUGCCACACAAUUGUUAUGCUUACUGAAGUUCUGGAAAGGGAGCAGGAAAAAUGCUUUCAGUAUUGGCCAUCAGAGGGUUCUGUUACUUAUGGAGAGAUUACCAUCGAGAUAAAAAGUGACUUGCUUGCUGAUGCCAUAAGUGUACGGGACUUUUUGAUUACACACAAACAGGAGAAACAGGGCCGACUUGUCCGUCAGUUUCAUUUUCAUGGAUGGCCUGAAAUUGGAAUUCCUGCUGAAGGGAAAGGGAUGAUCGACCUCAUUGCAGCUGUCCAAAAACAGCAACAGCAGACAGGAAACCAUCCCAUUACAGUCCAUUGCAGUGCUGGAGCUGGAAGAACAGGUACAUUUAUAGCACUCAGCAAUAUUCUGGAGCGAGUCAAAGCUGAGGGGCUCUUAGAUGUAUUUCAAGCUGUGAAGAGUUUACGACUGCAAAGACCACAUAUGGUGCAAACACUGGAACAGUAUGAAUUCUGCUACAAAGUGGUACAAGAUUUCAUAGAUAUAUUUUCUGAUUAUGCUAAUUUCAAGUGAAAAUCCCUGGCUUUUUUUAUUUAAUCAUCUGUACAGAGAUUUGUAAAUCAUGUUAAUUUAUUUCCAUGGAUUUUUUUUUAAAAAAAAACGCUAAAUGUAGAUAUGACCAUGUUUUCUCUGAAUGUCUCCUUUGAUGUAUAUUUUAUUCAAGUAAGGUUUCAUUGAUCCGGAAGGAGCAGCACAGAGACUUUUCAAACAAAGAGCCUUCCAGUCAGCUGUUGGACAGAGAAGGAGAACGAUUCCAGCCACUGUCCUCUAAGCAGCUGAGCAAUAAGACCUAUUUUGAAAUGCCUCAGUAUGUGCAGCUCAGGUGUUAAAUAAAAGAGGAGAGCUAUGCAUUCAACACCCAUUGCACGCGGCACUCUCCUCCCAUCUGGCAAUGUAUAUGCAAUACCUGCAUGUACUAACCAGGUCAAGGUGUUUUUUCAUGUUUUGCAUAUCAAAGGGCCAUGUAAAAUAUAUCACUAUGUGCAAUAUAUCACAGUGUAUACUGUUAUGAAAAUAGGGCACAAUCCAGCCUAUGUUAGGCAUAUUUAAAACCCUCUGCUUUCAGUGGGUGUAUUAAGCAUAUGCUUAAAUCUCUCCCAUUUAAAUUAACAGGACUUGGAGUCCAGUUACUAUUCUAGCACACCUGGGACUGUAACACUGCUUAAGAUAAGCUGGUGUUGAUAUGUUAGUCCUUUGAAUCUGAGAUCUCUCAGAGCCCAUGGGAAAAGAGGGAGUAAAUAUUUUUAAAACAAAUUAAUAGGACUUUGAAAAGUGUUUGAGUUUGGCUGGAUGUACCAAUAUUUUGCCUAAACACUUUUGAAUCUGUAACAUUAUUUCUCAUGUUUAGAUUUCAAACAGGUUAUAGCCCCAAUGUUUAAAAAGCAAACGAAUAACAGUAAACAUGUCAGAACUAAAUUUAUAUUAUCAUCACCAUGAUAAUGAUUUUCGCUUUGAGCAAGUCCCACAGAACACUAGAAAAUUCUGUACCAUUGAAUGAAUAUAAUAAGCUAACCAAGACUGUAGAUGUACUCUUGUGCAAGCUGAAUUCAUCUCAAUUGUAUUUGCAUACAUUGUGGGUCUUGUUGUGGUGCUUUGAUACACCUGUAUUCACAAGCACAUUGAUACCCACUGAUAUUAAUGUGGACUGUUGACUGGGAAAGACAGUUUUGAAGGUAUGCUAGAACGUCAGUUCUUACUCUGCAAGUUUUUCUUCAUCUUAACUUUCUAGGCUAGAUCCAUUUACCAUUUUUGGUAAAAAUUUGUGUCCUCACAGUUAAGCACAACUCUUUCAGUCGCUGGUAGAAGAACAAGAAUCCACUAUAGCAACAACAAGAGAUUUAAGCUUUAGCUUUUUUUAAAAAAGUAUAUUUUUACUGACCAGAUUCUAGAUAAUUCUGUUUAAUGGGAAAUUGUCAGUUAGCACUAUAAUGUAAAUAUGGAUUUAGUUAUUCACUUUUAAAAGAUCAUCAAAGUUUAUUGUUUUAGUCUACUUUUUUUAAAAGAAAGAUUAACAUAAAGUAACAUAUUUAACUUAUAAAUGAAUUUAUCAAUAUUUGAGAAUAUUUUGUACAUGAAUGUGUAAGAAUUUUUAUUCCUGUUGCCACAAGUAGAUAUAAAACCAGAUAUAAAAGAAACAUGAUAAAGCGCAUAUCCAACUGAACAUAGUUGUGAUUUAAAUGAUGUUGCAGAUAGUGGGACCUAGUAGUGACAAACACGUUCUAUAGAUGCCUGUGGGGCAUUCUUAUGACUAAACUGAGUAUCCAGAUGGGAAACCUUUGAGUUGCUACAGAGUUUGGCCUAGAGUUCCUGCAGUCCUUUACCAUUGGCUAUGCUGGGUAGGUUUAAUAGGCGUUGUAGGCCAAAGCAUUUGGAGAGCUAAAGAUUCUCUGCCCCUACCACAGAAAAAUCAGCCACUGUGUAGGAAUAUGGUCCACUGGAAUCAGAGACUUACUUCGGAUCAAUAUAUUUGCGAUAAUACUGUGAGCAUACACUCAGGUACAGAGAUGAAUAUACGUUAGUUCCCUUACUAUAAGUGGUACAUAAGGCAAAAUAAAAGUGCACUGGAUUUUGAAUCUGUGAAUGAUUCAAUAGCUGUUUAGCAUUAAGGUGUGUGCAUAUUUUCCACCGGCAGAGACUGACCCAUGUAUUCUGCUGUUGCUUAGAAGCACAUGUAGCUGCCCAUUACCAAACAGAAAUGGGGAAAAAAGGCUUUGCUUGUUAGGAGCUCAACAUGUAGGAGCAUGAGGAAACUUUGGGUUGGGCUGUAAAUGUGCAAUUAGUCAUGUACUGCUAAAGCACAAAUCUAUUCCUUUUGAUGGGACUACUAGAGUGGGUUGUAUCCUAGGGUAGUUUUAAAAAAUGAAUGCAGUAGCAUCUACAUAGACUCUGCAAUUCGUACAACUUUCAAAAUAUAGUAAUAUAAAAUUUCCUUGGUACCAACAAAGGUCGGAAAUCACGCAGGCAUGGUUCAGUUCCAGUGGAAGUGGCAGAUGAACAUUUUCUGUCAAUUCCUUCCUCAUGCUAUGACCUCUCUAUGUUCUCCCCAAAACAGAGGAAAACAGAGUUGGGCAUUCAAGAAAUUCAGAACAGAUUUAACAUGCCUGGCUAGUGAUAAAAGACUACAUUUCGUAACUGUUUUCCCCAACGUUUUAGAAGGUAUUUUUAAAGGAGCACAAAAAUAAUAAAGUUAUAUAACCAACUAAUAUGCAAUAGUUUGACUUGUCCAUUUGGUUGCUUUAUAUAUACCGGUAAUUAUAAAAGCCUUAUUGAAAACUAUGUAAACUAGUCAUAUCACUUUAGCUCUUUCAAUGUUUCAUU